GGUGUAUAAAUUGUGAACAUUUAAAUAGUUGUGGAGUGGUAUUGGAAAAGAUAAGACAGAAAAAAAAGGAAAUAUUCAAAUUAGACAAAGGGAUUGUCAGUUAUCACAAAAUGGAGGGAUCUGUUCACGAACAGUUGGAACAAACUAUGCCUGUUGCCUGGCAACACAACAAGGACCUUGGUGACUGCAUGGCGGAGCUUUAUAACAAGAGGCUUUGGACAGAUGUCAAAUUCCACUGCAAUGAUCAUGAUGAAAAUGAACGAAUUCAUGCGCAUAAAAUAGUUCUAGCAGCAAGAAGUCCAGUGUUUCAGGCGAUGUUUUUCGGUCCAUGUGCCAGUGGAAAAGAUGAAAUUGAUCUUGAUAACGUUCAGGCGGAAAUAAUGGAUUUGUUACUAAGCUAUAUCUACAGUGACACAGUGACCUUAUCCGAGGAUAAUGCUCCAUCAGUACUGGAAAUGGCUCACUAUUACCAAGUGACAAACCUAGUGCAGUUCUGUGCUGAUUACCUAACUAGUAUUAUUUCAUUCGAGAAUGCGAGUGAAAUUUUAACCUUGGCGAUGCGUUAUGAAGUAACACCCCUCCGUGAUGCAUGUUGCAAUUUUAUUGACAAAAAUGCAGACAAAAUUCUGGGUCAUGAAGGUUUCCUCGAACUAUCAGAAGAAUAUCUGUUGUGGAUUUUGAAAGGGGACACAUUUUAUGCCAAAGAAGAUGACAUAUUUAUCAAGGCUGAAGAAUGGGCAGAAAGAAAACUUAAAGCCAACAACCUAGAGAAGACGGGAAGAAAUAUCAGGAAAACUCUUGGAGGAUCAUUUUUUUACGUAAGACUUCCAACUAUGUCAUUUGAGACCUUAAUGAAGUGUACACACAAGAAAGGCUAUUUUGCAGUUGAGGAAUAUGAGGACAUUAUUGAAUUUAUCAACAAAAUUUCUGCUGCGUCAGUGAAGAGUAAUUCGUGUGUGGCAAGACUGCCAACAGAGGAGACAAUGAAUAUUAACUAUGAGGAUGGUGAAGCAAAUAUAAGUGACAAUAUAAAUACAACGUUUCAAAUUUUUGUGUCAAGAGAUGUCAAACUGACAAAUGUUGUUGUAACGGAAAUUCGCAAGUAUUUGAAAUACAAUAAACUGAGUUAUACAGAUGAAAACUGCUCAACAAUACCGAUCAAUCAACCUAGUACUGACCUUUUCCUUUCUCAGCAUCAUGGCAGACUAUUAAAAGUUACACGUUACCCAAAAGCAGUGCAAGUGUUAAAGGAGGCUUUUGGUGAAGAUUUAUCAGAUAAACCGGACAUUGUUAUUACGGGAACUUUCAAAGUUACCUGUCAGAAAGUCAAAUUAUUCUUCAGAGGUAAGAGUGAAAAACCGCUUAAAUUAAACGAUGAAGACGCUGCUGAAAAUGGAGGAGCACUGGAUGAAUUAUAUGAAGAAAAAGAAGAUGCAGACGAUGCUUUGUAUGCUGAGAAUGAGGAUGAGCUGAUCUUUGAACAAGAUUUCCAGUUGCAGUCUGCUGCAGAUGUUACGUGCAGAAGAAUUGUCUUAAGAGAGCCUUUGACAUUGACAAAGGAUGCUUCGCCAUAUACAAUUAAAAUAACCAUGCACUAUGGUUGCACAAGUGGCGUCAAAAUGAAAACUAUCUGUAGCAACACAAAAACUGUAAGAAGCAAGUUUGGACAACUACAAGUACAGGACAUAGCAGGUCAGUUUGCUGGAAUCAAAACCAUAGGAUUUGAAAACAUUUCAAAUCGAUAGUAUGUCAAAGAAAUGAUAUAAAAGUAGAAUAUUUACAUACCUAGUAGCAUGACGGCUGUUAUAUCAACAUCAAAGGAUUAGAGCGACUAUAACCAAACUCAUGAUUGGCUAUUAUUUCUAUUGUUUAUAACUUACUCUUUAUGAAAAUAUAACUAUAUAAAAACUAUUCAAGCAUGUAGUAGAAUGAUAGUAAUAUAAGAGUUAUCCGUUAGUAAAGUAGACUUCGAAUGAUUCAUGCAAAACUCAAUGAGAUUACUGCGACUUUAUGAGUCUUCGUUAUAUUCUUUUAAAAUUAUGUCUGUUCUGUUGAAUACGCUUCGUGCUUUAUAUCAUAGGUAUUUGCUCGCUCUAAAUUUUUAUUUGUAUAUAUUUUAUAGUUUUUGAUCACAAAAUGUAACUGUACAUAUAUAAUAAUGAUGAUUUCUGUUUUCUUGGUUUAUAUAAGCAUGUUUAAAUAUUGAAAAACCACACGUAAAACUUGCCAGUAGAUUCAUUUGCAUGUUAUUUUGCAGUAAAACCUAGAAAAAAAGAGAAACCAAUAUCUGUAAUAACAAAAGCUUAAAUUGAGAAACUCUGUUGUAAUAGUUUGUAUAUGUUUUUGUUGUGUUCUUAUUUUUUCUUGUGUAGUGUAUAUCAAGUUAAAGGGUCACACAUCCAGAUACUUUACAUCAUAUUUAUAGGUCAGAACUGAGGGGUAGUUUGAAAGUUUAGACGCCAGGUUCAAAAGCAACAUGACAAGGCCAAAGUCACAUAGCCAUGACUUAGCUUAUAUUAUUUCGUUUCCAGACCCUGAGUCAGGAAAUAUAUGAUUUCAGGUACUGUAUAGUAAAUUUCCUAUAAUUACUUCAUUAUACUUGAUAGAUGUCUGUUGUGUAAAGGUCAAGUUUACGGCGCCUCCGACUUUAAUUUGUUUUUCUUUCCUGCGUUUAAGUCAGAACGUGUUUUACUUACGACCUUCAGACUCCACAAAAUGACUUCUAACAUGGAUUUUAGAUAUAGUUGUAUAAAGUUCAAGGUCACAGAUUUCCGGCUUAACUGUUAUCUGUACGUAUGUAUUGUUUCAUUGUCGGACGCUAAGUAAGAAAGCAUCAUACAUAAGGCAUCCAAACUUCACACAUUGAUUUCUUACCACUAGGUAUUCUAUUGAUCUUUGAGCCAGUAGCUCAACAGACAAUGUCACAGGGACUUGUAAUAAUUUUCUUGUUUUAGUGAAUUGUCAAAGUGACCGCCCCUAAAUGCAAUGAAAUAUUUCAUAAAAUAUUCUUCUCUUUUAUCAUUAACUUUGACAUGAAUUUGUAUUAAAAACAAUAAAAUACUUUAUUUACUCAUAAUGUUUAGACUCUACUUAGAAAUGAUUCCUAAAUACUGUUUUAUGCAAUAGAUAGGUGUCAAAUGACUAACUUAACUGUUAAAGAUAUGUCUGUUUGGCGUUUUCAACAGUAUUUUACUUAUAUGUGGGCAGUAAACCUAACCAGUGUGUUCCUGGAUUCUGCAAGUAUUAAUCAAUAAGAGGUGGAGGAAGAAUGACUUUCGAGAAAAUGUGUUUUAUCAAUUAUCAUGGAAAAAAACGGCCACGGAUUAAACUCCCGACCCUACCACUCGAAGCUGACCCUAUUGAACUAAGUGGGCUAGAACGCGCUAGAAAUCCGAUUCAGUUUGUAAUAUGUAAUAUACUUCUAAAGUAAAUGACUUUGAUUAGAAUUAGAUCAAUAUUGGAUGGGCAUAAAGUCCUCGCUUUUUGUUGUAAAUGUAUUUUUGAAUGACAGAAUCGAUAAGGCCAAAAAAAAUCUUUGUUUCCAGUAACAUGCUAAAAAGGUUAGGAGGUCGGAUUUUUUUUGG